AUUUCAUAACCAUAUAUACAUUUAUGCUUUCCUCCUGCAUCCUUAAUCCCUUAAUCCCUUAUUGCUCUCACAAAGAUUCUGGAAUACUUCGCAGUUUCCAGUUUCUCUUGCCCUAAUAAUAGAGUAAGAUUGCCCAGUGAUCUUACUAAAGUUGUGAACUUGGGUCCAAUUUCUCAAUUCAGUAAUCCCUGGGAUGGAAGUCAAGAUCCUAUUUCCCUCUGAUAAUCCUCCGCUGGCCGCCAUUGUUGCUGCAAAAAUCUCUGGAGUUGCUUUCUCUCCCGAUGCAACCCUCAGCUCUUGUUCUCCACCCAUGCUCGUUUUACCUAAUGGAUCAACGUUGAGAGGAACUUUUGUUCUCUUAAGGUAUAUUGGUCGUAUAUCAAGCAUUCCUAAAUUCUACAGUCAGGAUUCAAUAGAGUCUGCCCAGGUAGAUGAGUGGCUAGACUAUGUCCCUACUUUUGCAUCUGGCUCUGAGUUUCAGGGAGCAUGUGGUUAUGUGGACCAAUUCCUGCUGCAACAUACUUUUUUAGUUGGGAAUAAUCUUUCAAUUGCAGAUAUUGCUGUCUGGUCUGCCCUUGCAGGAGCUGCACAGAGAUGGGGAAGCCUCAGAAGGUCAAAUAAAUACCAAAGUCCAAAAUCUAGUGAGAUGGUUCAAUUCAUUACUUGUAGCAUAUGAAGAUGUUCUAGGUGAAGUUAUUGCAACCUAUACUAGAAAAAAGAGCUCAGUGAAAACAACAACCGAAGUGAAUGAGCAUCAAAUCCGAAACGCCAAUCCCGCGGGUGCUACAUUUGAGGUAGAUCUUCCGUAUGCUAAGGUUGGUGAGGUUCGGUUGCGGUUUGCACCGGAACUGGAACCUAGUGGAUUUCUUCAUAUAGGCCACUCUAAAGCUGCUAAACCAGUAUUUUUCUGAGGGUAUAAAGGUGAAGUCAUUUUGCGCUUUGAUGAUACUAAUCCGGACAAAGAGAGCAAUGAGUUUGUGGAUAAUCUGUUGAAAGAUGUUCAAACUCUAGGAAUUAAAUACAAAACUGUAACAUACAUGUCAGACUACUUUCCUCAGCUACUGGAGAUGGCUGAAAAGUUGAUACAAGAGGGGAAGGCAUAUGUUGAUGAUACACCAUGAGAUCAGAUGAAGGAAGAAAGAGAUAAAGGUAUAGAAUCAAUACAUAGGAACAACACUGUUUAUGAGAAUUUGAAAUUAUGGAAAGAAAUGAUUGUUGGUUCUGAAAGGGGUAAGAUGUGUUGUCUUAGAGGAAAGCUAGAUAUGCAGGAUCUUAACAAGUCACAUAGAGAUCCGGUAUACUACCGCUGCAAUGACACUGCACAUCACAAGAUUGGUUCUACAUAUAAACUUUACCCAACUUAUGACUUUGCUUGCCCCUUCGUUGAUGCUAUUGAAGGCAUUACUCAUGCACUUAGGUCUAGUGAGUACCAUGACCGCAAUGAUCAGUAUUACCGGAUACAAACUGAUAUGGAGUUCCAAAAAGUUCAUAUAUAUGAGUUCAGUAGGCUGAAUUUGGUCUAUACACUUCUUAGUCAGCGGAAGCUGCUCUGGUUUGUUAAAAAUGGGUUGGUUGAGGGAUGGGAUGAUCCGCAUUUUCCAACCAUUCAAGGAAUAGUCCGCAGAGGAUUGAAGAUUGAGGCUUUGAUACAGUUCAUUCUUGAACAAGGAGCUUCAAAGAAUCUGAAUCUCAUGGAGUGGGAUAAGCUCUGGGCUAUUAAUAAGAAGAUCAUUGAUCCUGUAUGUCCCAGUCAUACUGCUGUUAUAGAAGAAAGACGUGUCGUAUUUACUUUGAGUCAUGGACCUGAGGAUCUAUUUACACGUACCAUACCAAAGCACAAGAAAUAUGAACCUGCUGGGACAAAAGUGACCACUUAUACGAAGAGAGUUUGGAUUGACUUUGCUGAUGCAGAGUUGAUUUCCGUCAAUGAGGAAGUUACUUUAAUGGAUUGGGGUAAUUCCAUUGUGAAGAGCAUAGAAAAAGAUGAGCAAGGGAAUGUGAUAAGUUUGACUGGGGUGUUGCAUCCUGAAGGCUCUUUCAAGACUACUAAGUUGAAGCUCACUUGGCUCCCUGAUACAGAUAAACUUCUGAAGCUCUCUUUGGUUGAUUUUGACUACAUCAUCACCAAAAAGAAGCUCGAGAAAAAAGAAGAUUUCGUUAACGUUGUGAACCCAUGCACGAAAAAAGAGACUUGCGCAUUUGGGGAUUCAAACAUGAGGGACUUGAAGAGAGGGGAUACAUUGCAGCUGGAGAGAAAAGGCUACUUUAGAUGUGACGUUCCCUUUGUCAGCCCAACACAGCCCAUUGUUCUCUUCGCCAUACCUGAUGGGAAAGCUCAGCCUGUAAUGAGGUUUGCAGCUUCAAAUGGGAAACAGUAAUGAAUCCUGAGCAUGUGAAAAAAGGAGACAAUUGGUGUCUCCUUUCUUUAAGAGUUGAUGCAUCAAGAAGCAUUGUUGCACCAGAAGUUACACAAGUACGUUGGGCCUUAACCUGGCUCCUAUUAUAUUAUAAUUAUUAUCAUAAUUAUUGUUGCUGUUAUUAAAAAUGUGUAUAUAUUAAGUACUCAUUUAUUACAAUAAAGGUUACAAUCGCUAUAGAUAGAGUGGAUUGGAGUGUGUAAACCAUGCUCAGUAAGUGGCGAGGGUUUGAAGGCCUCCUUCAGUGACAAAAAUUAGCAAAAAGUCAAAAACCAUCUUAAAGUGAUUUUAAACUUGCUUAAUAAAAAAGAAUAAUGAAACAUAUAACUAUUAAAGUAUUUAUAAUUACAUUUUUGAAAAUAAUGUAAGAUGCUCUUAAACAUACUUGUGCAUUUGCAUCUUAAAGUAAUACCAAUUACAUAGUUCAUCGUAAGGCUGGACAAAAAAAAGGAUAAACUGAAAGUCUGAAACCGAUCGACCCAAUGAAAAUUGAACCGAUGAAAAGUAAAAGCCGAUGAAAACCGACCAAACUGUAGGAUUAAGCUUGAAAAUCGAUUGAACCAACUAGGCCUGGACUCGGUUAGUGACCGGUUCGGGUAGGCCCGACCCGCUGGGUUCCGGUCCGGGCUCGGGCCCCUCAAAACGUGAACCGGCCCGGCCGGUUCGGGCCCGGUCCGGGCCUCUUUUUUUUUGAAUUUUUCUUAAGUUUUUGGGUUGGGCUGGGUAUUUUGGGUCAUUUCAGAUGGUUUGGGAUGGUUUGGGGGUGAGGGGGGGUUAGGGGUUAAUUAGGAAAAGGCAAAAAAAAAAAAUUGAACUAAGGCCCGGCCCCCCGGACCCGGGGGUUGCCCGGGCCGGUUCCGGGCCUCCCCUUUCCUGAACCGAGGCCCGGCCAGGCCCGAACCGGCCCGAGUCCACCCCUAGAACCAACCAAUAAAAUCGACCAAACUUGGCCUAAAACAACUUAACUGAUACUGGCUGUAGCUAGACUAGCUAAAUGAAUCAGCGAAUACCCUUCUAGGCCUUUACUAGAUCGUCCCUUAUUGACAUAAUUUUUAACACAUUACAAAUUGCGUGAUUGAAGUUUUCCUCCAACUUAACACAUUACACACUGUUUGACACUGUUUUGUUUGACAAAAACGGAAAUGUGCCUUUUAUAUUGGGAUGGCCCAAAAAGGAAAAUGUGCCUUUUAUAUUGGGACGGAAGGAGUAUAUCAAAUUUUAUUAUUAUUAUUAUUAUCAUUAUUAUUAUUAUAUUAUUAUUAUUAUCAUCAUCAUCAUCAUCAUCAUUAUCAUUAUCUUUUAUAGGGAAGUGAUGUUUCAUAUAGAAAAAUAAAAAGAAAAUAUAUUAAUUUGUGUAGUUUAGGAUCGUUUUUUACCAUGCACAAAAUUAAUCAAGAGUACUGAUAGAUUACAACAAAAUCACACAAACUCCAUCACAUUUAUUUAUAUAGUUUUCGCACAAGAAUUUAUGUUGUUUUAAUU